AUGCCCAUUGUUUCUUCUCCUCUUGAUCUUUCUUCAAAAUUGGUCGCCAAAUCAGAUUCUCUCCUCAUUGAUCCCAUAAUUUAUCGUCGAUUGAUUGGCAACCUCAACUAUUUAACUCACACUGGACUAGAUCUUUGUUUUGCCGUCUUGACCCUCAGUCAGUACAUGAAUCAACCAAGCAGCGAUCAUUUUUCAGCUGCAUUAAGAGUUCUUUGCUACCUUGCUGGCACUCCAAAUCAGGGUCUAUUCUUUUCUUCGUCCCCUUCCUUUGAACUCUUAGCCUUCUGUGAUGCCGACUGGGCAUCCUGUCGUGAUUCUCAUCGCUCCGUCAGUGGCUUCUUUAUCAGUCUUGGCGGAUCCCCAAUUUCUUGGAAGUUAAGAAACAAACUUCUGUUUCCUUGUCUUCCGCCGAAGCGGAAUAUAGAUCCAUGA